GCGAGAUUUUAGACGCUUCCUUAGCUAGUGCCUUGUACGUAGCUAGCAAAUUAGCUGGCUAGGUAACUAAAUAGCCAAACCUAGCUGUUUUAGCUAAUUUAGCGACUGUAGUUGCGUGGUAACUAGCAGGUUUUUUUUGUUACGGGGAGAUGAAUGUUAUUUAAUUAUUAUUUAUUUCCUUUAAACGUAUUGUCAGCUCCCACAAGAGCUAGCGUUUGUGUGUUUUAGGACGAUAGCUAACUGUUCGGGAACAGUCUUUAGAAGUGCGCGCGAUUCAUUGAGUUUCAAGAGAUGUGCUGCAGGGUUAGCAAACGUUAGCUGGUUGAUUUUUAUGUAUUAUUGUUAAAGCGUGGUUUGUUAAAAGCUAUUGGGUUUAAGUGGGCUUUACAUGGCUAGUACCAGUGUGUCGCUUGGAGAGGGAAAUGCUGUUGUAGCAAGUUUGACAGAAGUGUUAAAGGAGGCGAACACGGUUGUGUGUGUGUUAGCCAUCUGACAAGCUGCUGUACAUUCAGAAUAGCUGUAGACAGAGUUGUCUAUCGUGUGUUAAUAUUUACUCCGGAUUCUUCCUCCUCUGGACACUGCAGGCGUGUAUUGUUUAGCUAGGAGAUUGCUUUGGGGUGGCUUGUAAGCCGAACAGUUAGCACGCUAGCACACGACUGAGCCAGGCGUCUUCCUGGAACACCUGUUAACUCGACCUGCAGCUACACGGUAUUUCUCAGAUUUCUCGGCUCUCAUUAGCGUUGAAAACAACGUGAGCGUACGGUAUAAUGUGGAUCUAGUGGUGAUGCUUGUAAGGAUUGAGAAAGACUUGUCAAGUUGAACAUGGCUCCCAAAAAAAGACCAGUCCCUUUAAUCAUAGGCGGCGGUGGAGAGGCUCAGAGCACAGCUUCCAACCUAGGGGCUGCUUCAGAGGCCUAUCUUGAGACCCUGCAGAAGAAACUAGAGGAGCUGGACUUAGACGAGCAGCAAAAGAAGCGUUUGGAGGCCUUCCUCACGCAGAAAGCUAAAGUGGGAGAGCUGAAGGACGAUGACUUUCAGCAUAUCUGUGAGCUGGGAGCAGGAAACGGUGGCGUGGUUAAUAAAGUCUGCCACAAACCCUCUCGACUGAUCAUGGCCAGAAAGCUCAUUCAUCUGGAGAUCAAACCAGCAAUCAGGAACCAGAUCAUUAGAGAAUUACAAGUCCUGCAUGAAUGCAACUCUCCCUAUAUAGUGGGCUUUUAUGGUGCUUUCUACAGCGAUGGAGAGAUCAGUAUCUGUAUGGAGCACAUGGAUGGAGGUUCUCUGGAUCAGGUACUAAAAGAGGCUCGGAGAAUUCCAGAAGAAAUCCUGGGGAAAGUCAGUAUAGCUGUGUUAAGAGGUCUUGCCUACCUUCGAGAAAAACAUCAGAUCAUGCACAGAGAUGUCAAGCCAUCAAACAUACUGGUGAACUCAAGAGGGGAGAUCAAGUUGUGUGAUUUUGGAGUGAGCGGUCAGCUUAUCGACUCCAUGGCCAACUCUUUCGUAGGCACAAGGUCAUAUAUGUCUCCUGAGAGACUGCAGGGGACUCAUUACUCGGUGCAGUCAGAUGUGUGGAGCAUGGGACUGUCUCUGGUGGAGCUCUCCAUCGGGCGCUACCCCAUCCCUCCCCCUGAUGCCAAGGAACUGGAGGCCAUUUUUGGCCGACCUGUAGCAGAGGGAGAAACACAGAGCACCUCCCCACGCCCCAGACCUCCAGGAAGGCCAGUCAGUGGACAUGGCCCUGUCAUGGCUAUAUUUGAGCUGCUGGACUACAUAGUCAAUGAGCCUCCACCUAAACUGCCUCAUGGAGUCUUCACUGCAGAUUUCCAGGACUUUGUGACCAAAUGUCUAAUCAAAAAUCCUGCAGAUAGGGCAGACCUGAAGAUGCUGAUGAACCACACGUUUAUUAAACGCUCGGAAGUGGAAGAAGUCGACUUUGCAGGCUGGUUGUGUAAAACAAUGGGGCUCAACCAGCCCAGCACACCCACUCGGACAACUGAAUAACUGCACAAAAAUGCUCUGCUUCUUUCUUAAAGAAAUGUUCCAGCAUGUUUUAACCUAAUAUCUGUUUACCAGAUCUGCAGCAUAUGAUUGAUUACCACAAGAAUUUAAACACCUUUCCCAGUACAGAGAAACAAACGGAAAACAGUUCAAAGAAGAACCCAGCCUGAGCUACUUGCAUAUUAAAAUUUUAUAAUUAGCAUGUGAUCUUCAGUGGCAUCCAAGAUUUAUUUUGGAAUCUCUCUCUCUCUGUCUCUUUCUCUUUUUUUUUUUCAUUUUAAAAUUCUUGGUCUUGGUAAACAUGUUGUUUUGUUUUUGUUUUGUUCUUUAACUUUGGUUAAUGCCAGUGGGGUUUAGUUCUUGCUUCCUCUCUAGUGAUGCAGCAGCGCUUUAAUCCUUUAGCCUGUCCAGCUCUUUCACCUCCUCAUCUGUACACUUUGCUCAAACAGAUGAUCACCUUUAAUGCUGAUACCAUCAUCACUGUCAUCGCAAACAUCGUCUCAUAGAUCGCUAACUAGCUGAGCCAAGUCUCUGCUGUAACUCUGCAUCUUAUAGCUGCAUUGCAUUCUGGAGCUUUGAGUCUAGUGUUUGCUGUCUCUACUGCUUCUACAUUGGAUUUCUCAUUCACAGGGGGAUGAAAUUGUGGUUGUUACCAAAAUCCUCGGCACAAGAGAAAUAUUUUUAUUUUAUUGUUAGAUAAUGGGAUGAAGCUACAUAAGAAUAGUUUUAAUAAGAUCUUUCUGUCUCAACCCAAGUCCUUUAUUGCUAGAGUGUGAUGGUUAUAGUGUUGAAUUUGCAUUAUAUUGACACACAUUUUAAAUUUUCAUCCGAUUAUAAAUGUUUUAGGUAAACGGAUUCUCUUUUCCAUUUUCAUAGUGCAGAAAUUCUCAUCAAUGCAUGGUAAUUGCAUGUGCUGUACAGAUAUGGUGGAUAGUGAUUAGGUUACAAUUGCUGGAGGUUUUCUUUAAACACACACUUUUGCACACAGAACCUAUUUCCAGAGCAGUCUGUGUGCAUGCCUUCAUCCUGGAUGCUCACGCUGCCCAGCUGAAAGUUGGCUGAGUUUAUCCUGUAUUUUAAAUUGAGCCAAAAAAAAAAAAAAAAACAUUUCAAGUAUACGUUCACAUCCACAUAUAUGCAUGCAUGCAGGCACACAUCAGUUAAAGGCGUCUCAGGUGAACCUUAUAUUAAGUAAAUAAUUGUAUAGAUAUGUCUUUAUCUGGACCUAGAUCACAUGCUACAGUUAAUAUAUAAAGUAUAUGGACAAAAUGUAUAUCUCAAGCACUGUUGUAUCAGACAGUCAUGAUGAUUUCGGACCUGUUGACGUGAAAGAGAAAUGAUGUAUGUGACUUAACGCCUUUGUCUCAAUAAAACUCUUGUGAAUGUA